AUGAAAGUAAUAUACUUAAAAAGACGCCUCUCGCGACGGCCGUUGCUGUACGGGAUUUUAGUGUUGACCUUAGUGCCGUUUUUGUUUGUCGUGAUUGGACAGCUAGCAGUAGACUCCAACACAGAUGGAAGACGUGAAGACAGAGUGCUGACAAGGCAUAUCUUCAUGCUCAAUGACCCCGUUCAAAAAAGAUUCGAAGAACGAAACAAACAUUUGAGAAACGAAUGCUCAAGACUGAAAAACUAUUACAUCGCACAAAAUUCUGAGGCGGCUGUUAAAGAACAUCUGGUCAUAAACAGAAAAAGUAAAAUUGUCUAUUGCGCAAUCGAAAAAAUUGGAUGUACAUUUUGGAAGCGAAUAUUUCAAAUUCUAAGCGGGUGGAGAAAUGUGACAGAUCCAUUCAGUAUUCGUGGGAUUCAAGCUUACGAGGGAUUCUCUACAGCAAAACGACUUCCGUUUGACAAAAUAUACCAGUUACUGCGCAUGUCUACGAAAUUCAUGUUUGUUCGGGAGCCCUUCGAACGAUUGCUCUCUGGCUACGUGGAUAAAAUCUAUUCUCCAAACACGGCAUAUUGGAAUUUCAUUGGAAAACACAUUGUGAAAAAUUUCAGGGAAAAUCCAUCUAAUGUUAGUCUUCAAUGUGGACACGAUGUAACUUUUCCGGAAUUCGUGGAAUAUUUCAUAUACUCCCAGAACUCCAAUGACCGACGAGAUGCUCAUUUUGUCCCAAGUUUUGAACAUUGUAGACCUUGUGAAAUAGAUUAUGAUUACAUUGGAAAAUUGGAAACAUUUCAAGAAGACACAUUUCAUAUCUUGAAAAAACUCAACUUGGAGAACAUGAUAAAGUUUAGCAAUUUCCAAAACGAAACUGAAACCGAUGCACUCAUUGACACAGUGGAUUAUGUUUUCUCCAUGAGACGUGCUAUACUUAAUUGUAUGACGUUCACCAGAGGACUCUAUAGAGCAUGGAGAAAGCUUCAGAUUCGUGGAAUAUUAAGUAAGCACACCAAGUUUCCUUUUCCCAUUAACAGUGAUAUGAAUAUUACUCCAGAACAGUUCAAAGACGCUUUAUUCAAAGCGCAUGCACAAUCUGGAGAUAAAGAGACUCGAAUGAAGAACCGCGAGGAAGCCAUGUUAGAGGCGUACAGAUUGAUCGGCCCUGUGCUUAUGGGGAGAUUGAGAGAUAGUCUCUUAAUAGAUUCUUCUCUUUUUGGAUACGAAAAAAUACCGAACAAAUUGAUGGACCUCAAAUACUCCGUCCCCAAAGAUGGUGGUUUCAGGUUCUUUGAUAACAUUUGA